CAAAGCCUAAGUCUGCUUCUACUUCGUACAGGCUUCGUACAGGCGUGGAGUUAAGGGCGCAGACCGUGGAAUUAAUCCAGCCUGCAAAACCCCUGCGGCGUACUGUACAAUUAAAAUCGAUAUCGCCCUUCACGCAGGCGCUGUUAUAUCGACACCGUCCAUCCAAACCGCCGACCGCAAUAUCCAUGCUAUCAAUAGCUAUCGCUUGCGGCGUCGCUAUCCCCUUACCCCAAUCUCUCUUCGGCCAGUUUGGCAUCUAUGCGCCUACUCCCGACCCGAGUUACGAGACCCAAUAUGCACCCGCCACGCCGUGUAGGAUGCCACGGUGUACCUACGUAUGGACUAUGCAAGGCAGCUUGCUCGACAAUUCUGCUACCCCGAGACACACUCUGGAAUCUUCCCUCGGAGUUGGCACGAGAGCGGCAUCACCCGAUUUUCCUCCGAGCCACUGCGAUCGGUACUCGCGCACAUCUACGAAGGUCUCCGGCUGCAAAUGUGGCCGUGCGGCGUGGCUGCGCGGUGAGACGCCUGUUCGCGGCAAGGCGCCCCAUGUGGUGAUAUACCGCGACGCCCGCGCACGAUGUCAGCACCUAACGUACGCAGUGGCAUAUGCCACACGAGAUGGGGGUAUCUACAAGUCGUGUCGAAUAGCAUCUUCCUCUAGCUCGAGGUAGCCUGCGACGUCUGCGGAGCUUGGCUGAAUGGCCGAACGGAAUCCGAACCUCGAAUCUCUCUAGCUUUUGACGCCUUCGUUACAAGCGCCGAGGCACGUC